AUGGAGGAAGGAAGCCUUUGGAAAUGUAGGGUGCAAGUGCACAGCCGCGUGGGCUGGCGGGGAGAAGCCCCGGCAGCAGACCUCCCCGCCCGACCGCCCUCCCUCCCGCAGGAUCCGUCGCCCCGUCCCCUGCCUCUUACCGGAGCCCAUUCAGGCGACCGAUCUCUCCAUGCACUCCGACGGCUGCAGCCCGGCGACGACGGCGAAGGCGGCGGGAGAGGCAGACUUCCGCUUUCGCCGCCGCCGCCGCCGCCGCCAGCCCGGCCAGAGCAGCGGCGAAGAGGCGGAGGCGGGACGCGGCGCUCCGUGACCUCCGACCGCCGCCGGCAGCAGCGCCUUCCCAGUGGCUGCGGCGCGGCGCCGGGUUGCCGGCUGCCGAGAGAGCCCCGCGUGGCCGUGCGCUUGGCGCCUGCAGGCAGCCGCCGCCGCCGCGGCAUCUGGGCUCCCUCGGAGGGCCCAGCCCGCCGCCCGCCUGCUCAGCCGCCCGGUCCGCCUGUAGCAGCAGCGCCUCGACGUGGCGGAGAAGAGGCGGGCAGCGGAGCGCGCCGAGGGGACUGGCGCCGGGACGCCCCCCGACCUCCCCCGCCAGGCAGCGGCUCUUCCUCGGCUGCCCUUCUCAGCUGGGGUAGAAGUUCUGCUCAGCCAAGCGCUCCGGAGGAAGAGGAAGAAAGCGGACCUUCCGCGAAUCAGGGCCUUUAG